AUGGCGAGAUUAACGUCACAUCAUCCGCUGGUGAUCGCGCGGGUGGUCGGAGAUGUUGUCGACAGUUUCACACCAAGUGUGAAUAUGGUUGUAAUGUACAACUCAUUAAACCAUUUGUACAAUGGGCAGGAGCUGUUCCCUUCUAUUGUCACUGUUCAACCUAGGGUUUAUGUUCAUGGUGGUGACAUGAGAACAUUCUUUACACUGAUAAUGACAGACCCAGAUGUUCCUGGUCCUAGUGAUCCAUAUCUCAGGGAGCACCUGCAGUGGAUGGUUACAGACAUACCAGGCACCACUGACACCUCUUUUGGAAAAGAGUUGAUGAAUUAUGAGAUGCCAAGGCCAGGCAUUGGUGUCCACCGAUAUGUGCACUUACUUUUUAAGCAGAAGGGUAGACAGACUGUGAGUUGUCCAUCUUCGAGAGACAAAUUCAACACUAGAAGCUUUGCUCAUGAAAAUGAACUUGGUUUGCCGGUUGCUGCUAUCUUCUUUAAUUGUCAAAGAGAAACUGCUGCUAGAAGACGCUAG